GGACCAUGCAGAAGUCCAAAUAAAGGGACAACUGCAAAAUCUGCACAAUUGUUAUACUUGCAGGCCGGGCAGCUCUUACAGAAUCAAAACAAGCAAUGUCUACCACACCCAAACCCCCAACACCGGUCUACAUUCUGCGCGGCCACGCAGCCCCCAUCCACGCCUUGCACGUCUUCCACGACAACCUCCGUCUGGUCUCAGCUGAUGCAAACGGCUGGGUGGUAGUAUGGGAUCUGGUCUCAAAGCGACCAGUGGUGGCGUGGAAGGCGCACGACGGGGCCGUACUAGAGGCUAAAGCGUCGAGUUCUGGCUUUGGCACGGCGACAGAGGUAUAUACACACGGUCGAGACCACAAACUCCGCGUAUGGCGCUUCCGCGCCCAGGACGAAGAUAUCCUUCAAAAAGUCCUCCCCGUCGAUCGCGUUGUAGACGGCGAUGGCAGCGGGGAGUCAACCGGCACAGGUGUUCAGCCGUGGAUGGUGCACUCGCUGCCUGUGAAUGCGCUGAAUUUCUGUGCGUUCUCGUUGCUGUUUCUCGCUGAGGAUAGUGAUGCUUCUUCCGCUGGAAUGACAGAAGGUCAGACGCAGGAAGAGGCUACGCCGCUAUCAUCAUCGGCGUUGAUAGCAGCGCCGAACGCGCUCGACUCCGGCGCUCUCGAUAUCUUCCAGCUCCCUGUUGAGAAGCGCGUAUGCACGAUACCUGCCGAUCCGGCCGUGAAGACGGGGAUGGUGAUGGCUGCUAAGCUGUUCGUGCGGGGCCCGGGAGAGCAGCUCUACGUCGCGGCUGGUUAUGAGGAUGGGCGGAUUGCUGUUUUCGCGCGGCGUGGGGAGCUCAGUGCGAAGGUUGUGCGGGAGGCUGGUGGUGGGAGGCCGUGGGAAUGGGAGAAGAUCUACGCUUGUCGGCCUCAUAGCCAGCCUGUUCUUGCGAUUGAUGUCUUUGCUGCUGAUGGGUACUUUGUCAGCUCGUCUGCCGAUGCGCUUCUGGUUAAGCACCCUGUGCCGCAGCUUGCGUCUUUGCGGGGGGGUCAGGGCGCUGUGGAGGAUACUCCUUUGAAAAAUGUGAAUACUAAGCAUGCGGGGCAGCAGGGGGUGCGGAUUCGCUCUGAUGGAAAGAUAUUUGCGACUGCGGGGUGGGAUUCUAGGGUCCGCGUUUACUCCUGCAGAAGCAUGAAGGAGUUGGCUGUGCUGAAAUGGCAUAAGGAGGGGUGUUACGUUGUUGCGUUUGCGGAUGUUCCUUCUGCGAUUGAUGCUUCUGCUACGGGCGAGUCGUUAACAGGGGAGCAAGCAAAGAGCGACGAGGCAGUAGCUGAGGCCCAGCUAACACAAGGGGGAUCAUCUCUAGCAGCACUACAACGGCAGAGAAAUGCAAAAGUCCAGAAUACGCAUUGGCUGGCUGCUGGCUCGAAAGACGGCAAGAUCUCAUUGUGGGAUAUCUAUUGAGGAUUGUUCCUCGAACGCGACAUGCUAUAUACAUUUUCCUGUCCCUCU